AUGGCACCCGGAUCGGUCAAAUCGACUACAGUGGAGUUUCACGAAUCAGGAAUUAAAAAGCCAUCACCACUCCGAAUUAUUAAACGUAGCAAGACCAUCUCCUGUGGCUCAACGCCCCGAGAGGCUCUCGGCAGAGGACGCACAGCCUCUGGUUCAUCCAACCAGAGUCAGGGGAGCCCACCGCUGGGUAGAGAUAGACCCUUGACAGUGCAUAAGAAGAGGGCGGGCCGAAGCUCUGUCUUUGAUAGCACAUUUGAUGGUAUUUCUAAUUUGUCUCGAGACGAACGUGCGGACUUUUCAAAUGACCUUGAAAGCACUCCCAGAGCUCUUCCGUCCAGGACACGAAGUCCAAGUCAUAUGGCUGGUAUGUUUCUCAAAUCCGAGCUCAGAUAUCCGGCGACCGUUGCUGGCAGAUACUCUGCUAGGAUUGGAAAGAGUUCUAGUCACUCGGAAUUUGGUCUGGAAUUGUCUGAAAACGAAUAUGAAUUUGACCAGGGAACUUUCGACAUACCUCAAAGGAAAUUCUCCAAAUCCAAGAACUUUCUACUCAAAGCCAUUGGCGGUCGGGGUGGAUCACAGAAGCUGAAAGCCAAGAAGUCUGCAAACCCCACCACAAAAGAUACUUUGAUUCGUCGUAUAUCCCGCAGCAGACGUUCACACGAUCGAUGGUCCAGCAGUGAAUGUCUUCCACCAUCAGUCAACAAUAUGCAAACUCCUUUGGACGGCGACAGCCGCGACAUAACGGACACGACUUUCAGUUCUCAGUCAUGCUCAAAUGCAGAUCUUCCAAGAUUAUAUUCCCCGCCGUACGCAAAUUCAAAGUCCACUGCUUACGGCAAUGUGAUUUUGACGCCACAAGUUGUUGUUACUCCGGAGUGGCCGGUGGUUGAUUCCGAAGCCUGCACAUUUUGGGUAGGAAUUGAAUUAUCGGGGGUAUUGCAACACCCGGAACCGAAUGGAGCCAUUGAUCGGAAAUAUCCACGGUCAUCAAUAGAGCCACGCUUACAAGGAGAUCUCCAUGACCCUACUCCUAUUCGAGCGGGACGAACACGUCUGAUCCUUGCGAGCAUUAAUCUUGGGAAGCCAAGGCCAACAUCAAGCUCCUACAGUGCCUCCUCGGCAGAUCUUUUUGCCGACUUAGAAGGCCAUCUCGGAGACACAUAUCUUCCAUACCUGACUGUUCGACUGUCGUACAAGCAUUCUGGGUUUCAAAAUAUCGAAAGUCUGGAGCCGGGCUCCUACGAGAAAGGUUCCUGUGUCACUCAUUUGCAGACUGACGUUGUAUCGAUGAUUAAGCGACACGAUAAAAGGCCGGCCUGGUCGCCCCGCGCUUCGCAAGCCGCUGCCUCUUUUGAUAAAAAUCCUUUAGUUGAGUUGGCGAGAAAACAUCUCCCGAAUGAUGAGGCUGUUAAUGCCAUUGGCAAGAUGUCUUAUAAACACUAUCCUUAUGCGUUUUCUCGAAUGCCGUUCAGAUUCGAAGGUUACAGUGAUGAUACGGCCAUAGCCACCGAUAACCCUCCGCAGCUUAGGGCAUCCUCAAUCAUCCAUACACCACUGUACAGCUUUCUGGAUGUCUCAAAAGAGCCGCUUACAAGAUCCCAAAGUGUUCAAAAUGGUAUCAAUUCUUACGUACGAUCCCACAACUCUCCUCGUACACUAUCAGACGAGACGGACCCUGCUCGGAAAAUAUGGACUGAAAUGCGUCGCAGCUCUCGUGGCCGCCGUUCCAUCAAUGAUGAGUGGAGAGUAUCUACGAACGAUGACUAUACGGAGAACGACUUUACACCUAGCAGAGAGAAUUCAUCUGUGGCUACGUCUUCAAAUUUCGACGCUGCCAGUCGUAGGGAGACUCGUCAAGAGUCCGUUCGAAACGAGCAUGCAGAUAGCGUUGACUACGAAAGAAAUAUGAUCAUGGAAAUCGCUUUGAAAAAUAAGCGGAGUUUGGGAGCUGAAACGUUACGCAGUAUGGCGCCGAGUAUUGCUAGAGGUGCUAUAAGGUCAAAAACCGGGACCGUUGGCGGUCUGGGUCUCGGCUCUGGAAGAACGUGGGGAUGGGGCUCUUUUUGGUAG